GCGCGCUCGUUAUCGGCCGGCGGCGGCGCGAGGCGGCCGACACGCGCGACGAGCGCGCAACUCAGCCGGAAGUGCUUCGCGGCGCGGUGCUGCUGGCGGUUGCUCCGGAGGAGCUCGCUCAGGAAAUUGAUCUCGACGGCGAGCGGCGUGGUGCUCUCUUGCUCCUCCAUCACUGCAGCUGUGCUGUGCCCAGCGGCUCUCAACACGUGGCUUUCGCGCUCGGCACUCGUGUUGUUGAAGACGUUGCCAAUCCCUGCGUUUUACACGUUUAAACCAUGCAUGCGCUUGGCAAAGGCCUUGACAUCA